UGACUCGACACCGGUCGUCGUUCAAUAAUAACAUGCACACUCCACGUGUCGGAACGGGAACUGAAUCUAGCGUGGCAGUCGGGUGUGAGAGAUAAGACUGGUGUGGCGUUCUAGCAGGAAUUAAUCAUGGCUCUGGGUUGUGUUUCGCGAUCGCUUCUUAGGAAAAGUUUGCAGGUUCGCGUGGAGAACAUGCUGUUUCCAGGGAUGCGGAAAAUGUCGUCCUCACAAUCGAAUACAAAGAAAACGACAAAACUAAAGAAUAUGUUGAAUUCCAAGGAAUUAGAAUUUAUUAUGGAAGCCCACAAUGGCCUGAGUGCGAGGAUUGUGGAAGAAGCUGGCUUCAGUGGCAUUUGGGGAAGUGGGUUAUCCAUAUCGGCGCAGCUUGGUGUGCGAGACAGCAAUGAAGCAUCGUGGACACAGGUUGUUGACGUUAUCGAGUUUAUGAGUGACGCUACGUCAAUACCCAUCCUGCUAGACGCUGACACCGGAUAUGGAAAUUUUAACAAUGCGCGCAGGCUUGUACGGAAGUUGGAAGAUAGGGGUAUUGCAGGUGCGUGUUUAGAAGAUAAAUUAUUCCCCAAAACCAAUUCACUUCAUGAUGGUCGAGCACAACCUCUUGCAGAUAUUGAAGAGUUUGCUUUGAAGAUUAAGGCAUGUAAAGACACCCAGACGGAUCCGGAUUUCUGCAUUGUUGCGCGAGUUGAAGCUUUCAUCGCUGGAUGGGGAUUAGAUGAAGCUUUGAAAAGAGCUGAAGCGUACAGAAAUGCAGGUGCUGAUGCAAUCCUAAUGCACAGUAAGAAAAGUGAUCCUUCCGAUAUUGAAGCCUUUAUGAAAGCAUGGAAUAAUCAGGGACCAGUAAUUAUAGUACCGACCAAGUAUUACAAUACCCCCACUCAGUAUUUCCGUGAUAUGGGUGUUUCAAUGGUGAUUUGGGCCAAUCACAACUUACGAGCUUGCGUUACAGCUAUGCAACAAACUACUGCUACCAUUUACAAAGAUCAGUCUCUGACGGGAGUAGAGAAAAAUGUUGCUUCUGUCAAAGAAGUGUUCCGGCUACAGAGAGAUGAUGAGUUAGUGAGGGCAGAAGAUAUAUAUCUCCCCAAAAAGUAGGAACCAGUCUCAAUUCAAGGCAGCAGUGUGUAGCAAUGUUACAAUACGUCAUUAUGGGGUUGUAUGUUACAGGGUUCAAUACACUUGUAUGACAUUUUAUUUAUUUCUAUGCAUGUUUCUCACACGUGGCCAUAAUGGAGGCUAUAUUUACUAUUUUUAGUUUCCCAAUUAUAUUAUUACUUUUACUUUUUCAUAUGUACUCUAAGUACACUUAUUUCUUCUUUUGUGAUACAUGCAUGAUAUGGUUUAAAGAUUUUUUGGAUAAGCAAAAAUUUAAAUAUGCUCAUACAAUCUAUUUUUCUACUUUCUGAACAUGUCAUAUAUAAGGCUUUAUACAUCGAUAUAAAGUGAUUUAGCAAAAGAUAUUUAUUUUGCAUUCCCUACCUUGUGUCUUGUUGAAUCUCAUCCUGCUUUCAAUUCCAUGCAUUUUAUAUUUUCGUCUGAAAAUCUCUGGGAUCACAGAAUCUCUUUGAUGAUUCUUUUUAGAAUACUUUACCAGUCCCAAAUUUAUACUAUUUGGUGCCUUCAUCUUUAUCACUAGAUGUUAAUUAUAUAUGUUUUACUCAUGGUCACAAUCUCGUAAUAUAUAAUUUUUUUUGUGGGAUUUAUACGUAUGUAUCACUUAAUAUCACAGUAAAUGAUGUAUUGUGGAAUUUAUACAUAAUUAUGUACUUAUUACUUAGCGUAUCAUUAUUUAUUUUGUAUAUUUAUGAGGGAUAUAAAACUUCUCUGUUUCCAGUAACUUGAUUGUAUACAUUGGUUUUGACUCUUUACUUAUACUAGGCUGGUUUUGUGAGGAAUAUUGUUUUUACAUGGAAAUCAAAAUUGUUUGCAAAGAUUGCAAACAGUAAAGUAAAUCUAUCAAAAUCCAG